AUGAAGGCGAUUAAUAUAAGUCUUGCAUUAGCAGGACCUUUAAAGGAACCUGAGAAAAGCAAAGUGGAAGUCUCUGUAAGUUCUCUUCCAAAAGUUGGAAUGUGCGAUUUGCCGCAGAACUUGCUUCAAACGGACGGGGUGUUUGCAGUAGAUAGCUGGGUCCUUGUUUUCAAACAAAGACUGAUAGGCGCAAUUGAUAUCAGAUCUGAGGUAACUCAGCUUAUGGCAUACUGUGGAUACAUCUAUGUUCUUUCUGGUGACACAAUACUGGUUUUCACUGAAAAUACAUUGGAACUCGUGGAUCAGGUUCGUCUCGAAUUCUCUGCCCAACGAUUUUGGUUGCUAGAGAUUGAGUCAUGCAUUGUUUUGGUCGCACAGAGUUGCUCAAUGAUAUGUGUUGUCACUCACAAUAACACAGUUACUACUUCUGCUCCGCUAUACUUACCAUUUUGGCCUAAGGGAGCCGCACUCUUGAACCGAUUCUAUGUCUACAUAGUCGGACCGUCUGGCCAGUAUGAAGUUUUCCGCUACAACAUGGAACAGCAAUGUUUUUUGCCUGCUGAUAGAAGGAUGCUUGUGCGUAUAGGUACAUUUGGCCAGCCAAAACUAGGCCGCAUUCUCGACGUCGAGAUUGUCGGUCAAGGAAAGUGGGUUGUGUUGCAGGAGACAGGUUGGACCCUGUAUCAGAUACAGGAAGCAAAGCUAGUACAAGUGGUUUCAUCUCCAUUGACUAAUGUUGGAGAAAGACUUGAAAAGAGAAAAGGUGAGCAGUACGCCUUUGCGAUAGUCAUGCAAAAUGGAGAACUCAUGGUAGUUGAAGAUGGAAACGUGGUAUUGGAGCAACAACAGCAUCCGGCUUCAAUAGGUAACGUCCAGAUCAGUUACACAGAUAAUAUUGACAACUUGGUUUUCGAGUCGCACGACAAAUUUCUUGUCUUUGAAUCCCGCUACCUCACUUUCCAUCAUUGUUCUCUGUCAAUCUCCAAUUUCCCCAUCGAUGUCUUUUUCCUUCUAUCAGAGUCCGCAGAUACCCUUACAGAACACUUCCUUGCCUAUUCUGUUGCAAAUUUUAGUUUUUCCUUGCUUGCUCAAUUGUGUAUGCAUUGCGUGGCAGGAAGACCGCUUGCUUUCGAGCUCCUUAACCAGUUGCUCGCUGGUGUCGGGAGGUUUAAUGAAGACCUUGUGCACACAUGGAGGCAAUAUGCUGAUCAGACAUAUUUCCCCGGCACAGAGAAUUUAUCCGUUUAUUCGGUGUUAGUGCUGGGUCUAUUAUUCAACCACGAAAAGAUUGACCUUGGGCCUGAAUUUGGUGGCAAGCUAGAAAAGUACUCUUCGUGUCCAUCGACCAGUCAGUGCAUUGCUUAUUUGUUAAACAAGCUUGGGCCCCGUAUCCAGGAUUUAGCUCGCAUUCCAACUCUGCUAUUCAACAUGAUCGAAUACAACCAUCUGGACGUCUUGGACACGUUUGCCUCACUGGACGAACGUCUUACUGUCACGUGUUUGGGACUCAUCCUCAGCAUGUCCAUACCUCCAUUGGAGUAUGUUAACAGAUUACUUAUUACCCGAAACCUUGCUCCCAACAACUUAUUUAUUCUCAUCAACGCUCUGCUGAUGCAGCUUCCAUGUCCUAACAGUGCGAAAACACUUAAUUUACUGACUACAAACUUCCACGAAUCUCUCGGUGCCUUUUUCGAAGGUGUCGGAGAACGUCUUCCUCAAGACCUGCUCACUUCAAAGUCUAAGGUGGCCCUGAUGUUAGAUGAUACGGAACUACAGCUUGGCUACGAUGGCGUUGUCAUGAUGCGCUCUCGUGACAAAUGGGCCCUAAUCCCACUGAAAUCCGAACAGCUGCCUCCAGACAACGAUCUUUGUUCCAAGCUUGGCCAGUUCCAGCGAUUAAUCAAGCCCAAGUUCGCAGGAGACGGUUCGAAGCUUGCCGUUUUUGACUUCAGCAACUACUCCAUCAGAAUUUGGGACCUAUCGGAGUUGAAACCAGAUGCGUUGGAUACGCGAGUUGUGCGAUCAGACAUAGCUGUCAAACUACCCAACUUUUACGUUUUAUUCCUGCAACGUCUGGGCAAAGCUGCUCCCAUGGAAUUUGCCUCCACGAACGACACCAAAGUGUGCUAUUCCAACGUAUUAAUAGACCUGAGCGACUUGUUGUCUAGCUACAGCGAAGUGUUUGGAUUCAAGUGCUCCGAUCUCGACCUUGACUGGGCUCUGGGUGACCGUAUUGUGCUGAAGCUGCAGAACAAGAUUAUCUUUGUGUAUAAUCUGGGGUAA